AUGUUUAUGCACGUUGGUGAUGCUGUCAUCAUGUGUAAGAUGUUCCCUUCAAGUUUGGAUAAAGCCGUCAAAGACGCACCUGGAGAAGAGGGAGAGAGGGGAGACGGAGAGGGAGAAGAACGGCCCCCUCCAUGGCGACAACACCACCAGCGAGGCCUACUUCCGGCGACCACCGCCUCACCCUCUACUUCCGGCGACCACCAUAAGCAGCGAAAAUCGACCACCAAAAACUCACCGACACCACCGACGCCAUUUACGGACGCCAUUUACGACCACCAAGAGAACAGAGCUAAGUUUUGGUACUCAAUUGAUUAUGGCAUGUUCCACUUCUGCAUAGCAGACACUGAGCCUGCAGUGCUUUCCUCUUCUCUUCCAGCACCUUCUCGUACUCCUCCAUGCUAUGCAUUUACGUUUUAAAUGAUACCUCACAAUGUGACCUGCAUUCAUAUUCACCAUUUUUUUGGAUUCCGUAAGUGAACCAAAUAAUCAGUGAUUAUUCAAUAUACUUCCCACCAUUCGCGGAAUUCUUAGUCAUAUUAUUGGCAUCAUAGAUAGAAUUCGGCUAUGUUACCUCAUGAUAGUUAGUUACAUGUCUUCAGCUAUUUUGACUCUUUAUAUUUUAGUUCUAACGUGUCAUCUAUCAUCUUAGGUGAUCAUCCUGAAGACGUUAAAGCGAGGCUCAAAUAUUGGGCACAAGCUGUGGCAUGCACUGUCAGAUUAUGCAGCUAGAAGCAAUCUUCAGUUAAGGAGAAUGAAUAUGCAUUUUCUUCAGCUUUGGAGUUCCAAAACUUGUGCUUCGCUUGAUUCUACCUCUAUGCACGGGAACGGGAGUUCCCUUUCCAACCUCGAGAUGGACAUACCCAAGUCUUUCGACGACGGGUCAUCUUUCGAACUAGAAAUGUGAAGGCGAAGAAGAAGAGGAUCGGAUGGGGAGGGAGAUCGAUUCAGGUCUGAGAUUAACCAAUAGUCGACGAGAAGAGUCUGACACAAUUCAUCCGAGGCUGCUAUGUGCAUUGUAGUAUGUAUCUAGGGCAUUUAAGAAUAACUUGUGAGAAUGAAUAAAGUUGUGUUUUCCAUUUUUGUACAUGGUGCUGCUGUGUAUUUCCUCAACAUUUCUGUUUCUUUCCAGUGGUAAUUAAUUUUAGGAGAAAUAUGGGUUUGAGAUUUUGUGAAAUGUUUUGCCAGCAAGUAAAAUUUGGCAAAAAGCUUUGUAGAA